AUGACCAGCCCCAUACCGUCUCGAGACCAGGAUCCUUGGCUUGUCCAGCUGACCGAACAAAUGUAUUCCUACUGGGCCGACUGCCAGAAUCUCCGCAAUUAUACCCAACUACUCCAAGCGCAGCUUGAUUGCAGCCACAGGGAAUUGGCGAGAUGCCACCAAAACUAUAUUAUGGAAUAUCACAAGCGUGCCCAGGCUGUGUCCGACUUAAUGCAGCUACAGGACCAAUUUCGACGUCUCAGUGAAUGGCUCUCUGAUGGGGCAGAUAACUUACCAGUCCCGGUUCAUCGUCUUUUAGAAUUGGAGACCAGGAGUCGGUCGCUCAAGCAGGCGGAGAUAAGGAUCAGCCAGCGGAUUUCCAAUCAGAGAGCAUGGGCAUUCCCAGUGGUUUUUGAACAGAAGUUCCAGGCCCAUCGAUUCUUCCUGAACUCUAUCGGAGACCCACAGUAA